AUGGCGGUCGGAAGCUCGCGGUCGAGGCGGAAGAGGUUCUGGCUUGUGCGGGCAAGCAGGCAGGGGGAGAUGGCGUGCAGGACCCAGGCACGCAGGUCCGAGAGAGGGCACAGGCAGAUGGAGUUGAGCUCGUGCUCCGGUUCGAGGUCGGUCAAGCCGCUCGGGCCUCGUCGUCGGGAGGCUGACCUCGGGAGGCGGGAGCGGCGGGAGAGACGGCGGACCGGAGGGUCGGAGCAAGGCA